GCAGGGCGGCGUGGUGGCGCGGCGCUGCGGCCCCGACGGGCGCUGGGUGACCGACGACAGCGGCAGGACCUGGCAGGACAACUCGCAGUGCGAGGACCUGGCACAGCUGCAGCCGCUGCAGGUGUCCCCGUGCUCUUCGUGGUCCCCUGGGUCAUCCUGAGGUACCUGUACGAGAACGAGGGGUGCUGGGAGCGCAACGAGAAGGUGGCGGUGUGGUGGCUGAUCCGCUGUCCCAUCCUGGCGGCUGUGGCGGUGAACUUCGUGGUGUUCGUGCGCAUCGUGCGCAUCCUGGUGGCCAAGGUGCGCGCGCAGCAGGUGACCCGCGGGGACACGCGCCUCAG